AUGGCUGUGGACCUUCCGGGCCUUGCCCAAAUUCUCGAAGCAAGCUUAGAUCCCACGCAAAACAAACAAGCGGAGCUUGCUAUCCUGCACGAAGAGAAGAAGCUGAACUUCUCCCUGUCUUUGCUGCAAAUCGUAGCCACACAAACCUACGGACCUACUGCUCGCCUAGCCGGUGCUUUAUACUUCAAGAAUUAUAUCAAGAGAAGUUGGACGGACGAAGAUGGCAAUCAUAAGCUGCCUCAGAAUGAGGUUACAGCCAUCAAGCGCGAGCUCAUUGGGCUCAUGAUCUCAGUGCCCCCAAAUAUCCAGUAUCAAUUGGGAGACGCGAUUGGUGUCAUAGCGGACAGUGACUUUUGGGAGAGAUGGGACUCACUGGUGGAUGACCUUGUAUCCCGUCUGACGCCUAAUAAUACUGCGGCCAAUAAUGGAGUGCUGCAAGUCGCCCAUUCAAUUUUCAAGAGAUGGCGGCCUCUGUACCGGUCAGACCCCUUAUUCACUGAAAUUAAUCAUGUAUUGGGCAAGUUCGGGAAUCCGUUUCUAAGUCUGGUUCAGAGCACAGACGCACUCAUCGAUCAAAAUCAGUCAAACAAAGCGAUGCUCUUGCAGCUAUUCGCAACCCUAAAUCUCAUUGUUAAGCUGUUCUACGACCUCUCAGUCCAGGAUCUACCACCAGUCUUCGAAGAUAGCCUCCCCGCAGUGACCUCACUGCUUCACAAGUAUCUCACAUACGAGAACAAUCUGCUACAAACAGACGACGAUGGUGAAGCAGGUCCUCUGGAGCACGUCAAGUCGGGUAUCUUCGAGGUCUUGGAGCUGUGGAUCAAGAAGUACGAGGACGCCGUUGGCGUACAUGUUGGACAAUUCAUAUCAAGCUCCUGGAAUCUGCUCACCACCGUGGGUCGGCAAACUAAAAACGACAUUCUGGUCAGCAAAGCGCUACAAUUUCUGACUGCUGUAACAAGCAGUACCGAGCAUGCGCAGGCUUUCAAUGACGAUUCCACUUUGUCCCAAGUCGUUGAGCGAGUGAUUCUACCUAACCUGACAUUGCGAGACUCGGAUAUGGAACUCUUCGAAGAUGAACCAAUCGAGUUCAUCAGAAGAGACCUUGAAGGUUCUGAUAGCGACACUCGGCGACGGGCAGCGACGGAUUUCCUCCGACAGUUGAUGGCAAAGUUUGAGGGUAUGGUCUCGACGGUUGUCCUUCGAUACAUUGACCACUACUUGUCCGACUAUGCUCAAAACCCUGCUAGUAAUUGGAAGUCGAAAGACACUGCCGUGUAUCUGUACUCAUCAAUAGCUGCCAGAGGCACUAUCACGGCCAGCCAAGGGGUCACAAGCGUCAACUCCUUUGCGAACGUCAUUGAAUUCUUUCAAAACAACAUCGCUGGGGAUCUGGUCUCGGACACUGGCGUUGAGCCUAUUCUCCAAGUUGACGCCAUCAAGUACCUUUACAUGUUCAGGAGUCAGAUCACGGCAGCACAAUGGCAAGAUGCCUUUCCUCUUGUCGUUAAGCACUUAGGUUCCUCGGAUUAUGUUGUGUACACUUAUGCUGCGAUCGCUCUAGAACGCACCAUGGCCCUCACCAACGCUUCCAAACAACCAAUAGUCAGCAGGGUAAGCGUCGAAGCUCUUUCAGCGCAACUCUUGCGGCAUUUGUUCGGCUUGAUCGAGAAAGAUCCUGAGCCUGCGAAGCUGCAAGAGAACGAGUUCUUGAUGCGGUGUGUUAUGCGAGUCCUUAUUGUCAUCAGAGAAGCUGUCGUGCCUAUAGUGGACGAAAUCUUGACACAUUUUGUGAAGAUUACGCAGGUCAGUAGUCAAAACCCGAGCAACCCCAGGUUUUGUUACUACCUUUUUGAGGCUCUCGGAGCUUUCAUUCGAUUUAGCGCUCCUUCGCAACCCGACAAACUCGAAAAUGGUCUAUAUGUAUCAUUCAUUGCUGUGAUACAGGAUGAUGUGCAAGAGUUCAUACCAUACAUCUUCCAACUCUUCGCUGCUCUUCUCGAAGCCAACCCAUCUGGAUCGUUAUCAGACUACUACAAGAAUCUGAUACCUCCACUACUCACACCCGCAUUAUGGGCACCAAAAGGCAAUGUGCCAGCCCUCGUCCGUCUCUUAACCUCUAUCAUCUCGCGAGGUUCGUCCGUCAUUGCGCAAGACAAUCAGAUAGAAACUGUACUGGGUAUAUUUCAAAGCCUAGCAUCUACCAAAAUCAAUGAAACCUACGGGUUCGAGCUUCUAGAGAGCACAAUUGCCAAUUUUCCUCCGUCAACGUUGGAGCAAUACUAUCCUUCCAUACUGAAUGUUCUCCUCAACAGAUUACAGAAUACGAAGACGGAACCUUUCGCAUCGAGAUUCGUUCGACUAUACCAUUUCAUCUCCGCAAAGGACGACAAAGGCCUUGGUGCAGACUUUUUCAUAAGCAAGCUAGAUCAAGUCCAGGAUGGUCUUUUUGCUCCCCUGUACCUCAACAUCAUCCUUCCAGACACACAGAAACUGUUACGACCCCUUGAUCGAAAGACUGCAGUCAUCUCUUUCACAAAGACUUUGACCGAUUCUGUCGCCUUUGCAGAGAAAUACAAGAAAGGCUGGGCGUACACUUGUGAGGCUUUGCUCAAGCUCCUUGAAAAUCCCCCAAUACCCGCGGCUACGGAAGAGACAAUUGUGGAGCAAGAUCCUGACGACAUGAGCUUUGGUGUGGGUUUCACGCAGCUUACGACCAUCAAGCGACCAAUCCGAGACCAGUGGCCUAAAGUUACAGACGUGAAGAGAUGGGUGAGCGAGUAUGUUCGAGCAGCGGAUGCAAGGCAGAAUGGAACGAUAGCUUCGUUUGCACAUGAGCGACUAUCAGCUGAGGUGGCUCCUCUAUUUGCAGCUUAUAUGCAAAGAUGA